AUGUCAGUUUUAUUGUUUACUUAUUUAUUAUUCAGUUUAAUUAGUGAGUUCAAAAAGUGUGGACUAAAAAAAAUGAUGCUGGGAUCGGUGAUAAGUUCAGUGUCACUACGGCGAUGCUUUUAUUUAUCUUUGAUGGUCUUUGUGUUAUCGACACUGAUGGCAAUGGUUAUAAUAGUUAAAUUAACACCGUUAGAAUCCUCAAAAUGUCAUUCGUCGAAUACUGGAACGACUGCGAGGGUAGAAUGGAGCAGUGCUAUGCCCUUUGGAUCGAUAUCACAUAAUCGGCAUUUAGAUAAUUCCUCACUAUUUAUUAAUAACUUGCAGUCAUUAAUUUUAAAUAACAGUGACAGCCAAAAUGAAGAUCAGGAUAUUAAAAAUACCGAGACGAGGAAUAAAAUUACGGGGUUGUCAUGGAAAAUGAGAAGCAAGAUAUUGCCCUUGCUGAUGAUCAAUGACACCAAGCAGAUUGAUAUUAAUUAUAAUAUCCACAUAUUUUACUACCCCUGGUACCGUUCGCUGGAGUACGAUGGGGUGUGGAAGCAUUGGAACCACGAUUAUCUUCCCAACUGGAAGAAAAAUGACAAAAGAGUCUUUCCAGAGGGUAGACACCGUCCACCAGCUGAUAUCGGCGCCAGUUAUUAUCCCAGUAUCGGUUGCUACAGCUCCAAUGAUCCUCAGGUGAUAGACCUACAUAUGAGACAAUUGAGGGAAACAGGCGUUGGAGUGCUUGUUGUCUCUUGGACACCGCCAAACACACCCGACAACACAGACUCUGUGAUGGCUGAUUUGUUGGACGCCGCUCAUCGAUAUAAUCUAAAAAUAGCUCCGCAUAUUGAGCCUUAUCCUGGACGAAAUCCUAUAAAUUUAAUCCAACAUAUCAAUGGACCUCUGCUUCCGGUGAUUUACAUCUACGACUCUUACUUGUUCCCAUCGAGCGCCUGGUGGGAACUUUUGUCAGAAAGGGGGAAUUUGACUUUAAGAGGAACGGAGAUUGAUGCAGUCUACAUCGGACUUUUGGUAGACUCUCAACACCGCAGUCACAUUAAAAAGUCACACUUUGACGGAUUUUACACUUAUUUUGCUGUCAAUGGGUUUAGCUACGGAAGUACUUGGAAAAAUUGGAAAGACUUGAAUAAAUUCGCAGCGCAAAAUGGCUUGAUGUUCAUCCCUAGCUUAGGCCCUGGCUACAUCGACACUCAAGUCAGAGCGUGGAAUGCUGAGAAUAUCAGACACCGUCGUCACGGACAAUACUACGAAGUCGCUUGGAAGAAUGGAAUCAACAGCGGUGCUAAAGUUAUCUCGAUAACUUCUUUCAAUGAAUGGCACGAAGGUACUCAAAUAGAACCCGCGAAACCAGUCAGUAAUAAAGAUUUUACGUACCUUGACUAUGAACCAGAAGGACCUAAUUUUUAUCUCAAUCUCACCAAGUGGUGGAUUCAACAAUUUUCUUACAAAUCCAUUAGUAUUAAUUAA